AUGCGUUUUGGCGCCCAGCUUUACACGUGUCUGGGCUGCGAGGGCUCGAGGGUUCGAGGUUACGUCUCCGGGUCCGACUCAAGCAGCGAUCCCGGUUCAGCCAUGUUGGUGCUUUUUGAGACCGCGGCGGGUUACGCCAUAUUUAAGGUUCUAGAUGAGAGCAAGUUGCAAGAAGUGGACAGUAUAUGGAAAGAGUUUGAAACCCCCGAAAAGGCAAAUAAAGUAGUCAAGUUAAAACACUUUGAGAAGUUUCAAGACACCACUGAAGCAUUAGCAGCGGCUACUGCUUUGGUAGAGGGAAAGAUCAGCAAGAACUUAAAGAAGGUCCUGAAGAAAAUUGCAGCCAAAGAAGCACAUGAACAGCUGGCGAUUGCAGAUGCCAAACUUGGAGGCGUUAUCAAGGAUAAAGUAAACCUCAGCUGCGUGCACAGUGCUAUGGUUACAGAGCUCAUGAGGGGUAUUCGCAAUCAGGUUGAUGGCCUUAUUACAGGACUCUCCACUCGGGAAAUGGCUGCAAUGUCCCUUGGAUUAGCCCACAGCCUGUCUCGCUACAAAUUAAAGUUCAGCCCUGACAAAGUGGACACGAUGAUCGUACAAGCUAUCUCCCUUCUAGAUGAUCUGGAUAAGGAGCUGAAUAACUACAUAAUGCGCUGCAGAGAGUGGUAUGGCUGGCACUUUCCCGAGCUAGGCAAGAUUAUCACAGAUAACUUGGCAUACUGCAAGUGUGUGCGGGCCGUAGGUGACAGAGUUAAUUUUGCCUCCUAUGACCUGUCUGAAAUGUUGCCUGAAGAGGUUGAGGCUGAAGUGAAAGCUGCUGCAGAGAUUUCAAUGGGUACAGAGGUGUCAGAAGAAGAUAUCAAUAAUAUCUCUCAUCUCUGUGAUCAGGUAAUAGAAAUUUCUGAAUACAGGACACAGCUGUACGAUUACCUCAAGAACAGAAUGAUGGCCAUAGCUCCAAACCUCACAGUCCUAGUAGGGGAGUUGGUCGGGGCCAGACUUAUUGCCCAUGCAGGCUCCCUUCUCAAUCUGGCAAAACACCCAGCAUCCACUGUGCAGAUCUUGGGGGCGGAGAAGGCACUGUUUAGAGCACUGAAGACCAAGAGGGACACUCCAAAAUACGGUCUCAUUUAUCAUGCAUCCCUUGUUGGGCAGACCACACCCAAAAAUAAGGGCAAGAUCUCGCGGAUGCUGGCAGCCAAGGCCGCACUUGCUAUUAGAUAUGAUGCCCUUGGGGAGGACACAAAUGCAGAACUUGGUGUAGAGAGCAGAGCGAAGUUGGAAGCACGUCUUCGAAACUUGGAGGAGAAGGGGCUGAAGAGAAUUAGUGGUACAGGGAAAGCACUCGCCAGAGCUGACAAAUACCAACACAAAAGUGAGGUUAGAACUUAUGACCCAUCUGGAGACUCCACGCUGCCCUCAGUUUCCAAAAAGAGGAAAUUUGAAGAGGUGGAGGAAGAAGAGCAGCCUGCUGCGGUCAAAGUGAAGAAAGCUAAAAAGCCAAAGGUUGAAGUGGUUGAAGAAGCAGAAGAAGAACCAGAAGUUGAGGAGACGCCAAAGAAGAAGAAGAAAAAGAAGAAACUUAUAAAGACUGAAGAGGAGGAGGAAGAGGAAGCACCUACUACUAGCAUUGCAGAGCCUUUGAAAAAGAAGAAGAAGAAGAAAAAGGUAAAACAGGAAGAGGAGGAGGAAGAAGAUGAUUAAUUAUUGUGGACUGUUUUUUUUUUUUUUGAAAAUGUUGACUUACAGUCAUCACAAGAUAAGACUUUUCAGCAUUGGUUUUACCAGCAGUUUGUCUGGAUACCCAAUAACCUGCCUUAGUGUAUACUGUUCUAUCUAUAUGAACAGAGCCCAACACCUUGCAAUGUCCUACACAUACACAUCAGCGUUGAACUUCUAUCUAAUGGCUGUCUGUGACAGGCUUUGUAGAAUUUUUAUUUUGUGUAUAUGAAUGGAUCAUGUAUCAGACAGUAAACAUACCUGUCUUAAUCAAG